AUGUCGAACAACGAUCUCUACGACCCCUACGUCAAGCGCGAUGCGCAGACCGGCGGACAACAUGAUGGAGGCGACCGCACUCAGGCGCUGCAGUCCGAAAUCGACGGCGCCGUGAGGACAAUGCAGAACAACAUCACCAAGAUCUCGGAGCGUGGCGAGCGGCUGGACAACCUGCAAGACAAGACCGACCACCUCUCGACCCAGGCCAACAGCUUCCGCCGCGGCGCCAACCGAGUGAGGAAGCAGAUGUGGUGGAAGGAUAUGAAGAUGCGCAUGUGCAUCAUCAUCGGCAUCAUCAUCCUGCUCGUGGUCAUCAUUGUGCCAAGUGCAAUCUACGGCAGCCGUCACUAG